AUCUGGUGCCUACUUUUACAUCGGCCAGAGGUUGUACGCUGUCUUUGCGCAUUUUCUGAUCAACCGGUAGCUUUCGCUCUUGUCCUUUCAAGACUGGCAAAAUCAUUAGCUCGAGAGUCCCACGAUUGGUUCUUCUAUGAGGAAUCACUGCAGAGACUUGCCGAUUCUCUUUCCGGUUCAGCAGUUUCCCUGGUUGAUAAGGUUCAUCGUACCUCACCGAAUAAAGCUUAUCAGCUACUAUGUCAGCCGUUAGAAGGAUUUCAUGGCGCCACGCUAUCACAACUUGCAUUUCAGUUUAAUAUUCGGGGCCUCGUAGCACAUGAAUCCUGCCAACGAUGGGUACAUAGACUGUUAUAUGGACAGCUGCAGACUUGCUCUUCGUCAUUUUUACCGAGAUGGUUGAAGACCUUACUGGCAGCCGUAUUUAUUUUACCCAUUCGAUGGUGGAUAUGUGUACGAAGCAAUCUUUCCAUACAUUCUGGAUUCGAAAAGAAAUCGCCUACUGCGGCUCUACUUGAAAUGGGUCGACAGCCAAAACGAGUUCGAGCCAUCUCUACCUAUAGGUAG